AUGGGCUCGAAUGACAACAACUCACAAGAGAUGGCUUUGAAAUCGACGAGGACUGCACCUGAGCACGCUCAGGAAGGUCUGGAGGCAACAACCCGCUCGAAUUCUACCACCCUAUUGACGGUUGACCUUGUGAAGGACAACCCCUGUGAACACAAACUCUCCAUGUUGUACGGCAAAUUUGUCUUGUUUCUUUCUCUGGAAAAGAUACAGCAGACCGAUUUUCUUGGUCUACCCUUCCAAAUCCCCACCAACAGAGUGGGAGCGCCAAUCUGCCCAUUGACAGAUGACUUGAGAGAAUUGCAUCCAAUUCUUUCCUUGGAAAAGGUAUUUUCAUUUGAACAUAUACAUACUUGUCUGACCUAG